GAGAGGUAAAUAGCCUUAAAUCGGAAGGGAGCUGCUUCUCUGUGGUCUUCCACAAGAGCUGCCUGGGCUCUGCUGGCUCAGUAAUAACUGAGUGACCUUUUCUUUUGCUGUAUUAUGUCUGGCUGGUAAGGGAUUGCAUUUUGCAGCUGAUAAAGCCCUGACUUCAUUCAACUCGGCUCCUCACACGCUGCUUUAGGUAAGUUGUCUUCAGCCAGGACGGAGACAGACAGCCUUGGACUGCAAGAUACUAAAAGGAGGACACCUGUAGCUCGGAUGCGGUCAACACAAUUACUUGGCGGAUCCUUGAGGACCUCAUUAUUUUAAACUUAAAGAAUAGCGAUCUCCCUCCCCAUCUCUCCUACCCCCUCUUUAUUUUUUUUCCCCAAACAAUGCUUCUUUUUGACCUUUCCCAAGGAGAAGAGCUACAAAGCAGCCACUGUGCUUAUUGAACUGCCUCCCCUGUAUCGCUUAAUUGAGAAGGUAUACAAAUGCUCUCAGUCCAGCCAGACACCAAGCCGAAAGGUUGUGCUGGCUGCAACCGUAAGAUUAAAGACCGAUAUCUUCUAAAGGCCCUGGACAAAUACUGGCAUGAAGACUGCCUGAAAUGUGCCUGCUGUGACUGUCGUUUGGGGGAGGUGGGCUCCACUUUGUACACCAAAGCCAACCUUAUCCUUUGUCGCAGGGACUAUCUGAGGUUAUUUGGAGUUACAGGAAACUGUGCUGCCUGCAGUAAGCUCAUACCUGCUUUUGAGAUGGUGAUGAGAGCCAAGGACAACGUUUACCACCUGGACUGUUUUGCCUGUCAACUUUGUAAUCAGAGAUUUUGCGUUGGAGACAAAUUUUUCCUGAAGAACAACAUGAUUCUGUGCCAGACAGACUAUGAGGAGGGUUUAAUGAAAGAAGGUUAUGCACCCCAGGUUCGCUGAUCUGAUGCCACAUCAUUAAGAAUACAAAGCACUAUGUUCUUUUAUCUUUUUUGCUCAACAUGUAUAUAAGAAAUGACACAGGAACCUACUGAAUAGCGUAGAUAUAGGGAGACAGGAUGGUUGCGUGAAAUAAAAGGCGGACUGCAUCUGUAUGUAGUGAAAAUUGCUCCAGUUCAGAGUUGAAUGUUAAUUAAAAAGGUACUGUACAUACAGCUGGAUUCUUUUUGCUUGCUAUUGGGGUUUUUGGUUUGUUUGUUUUUUGUUUCUUUUUGUGUCAUUUGGCAUGAGAUGUUUAUUUUGGACUACUGUAUAUAAUGUAUUGUAAUAUUUGAAGCACAAAUGUAAUACAGUUUUAUUGUGUUACCAUUUGUGUUCCUGUUUGCUUCUUUGUAUUGUUGCAUUUAGUACAAUCAGUGUCUAAACUUACUGUAUAUUUAUGCUUUCUGUAUCUACCAGCUAUUUUAAAUGAGCUGUAUCUUUCUAGUAAAAAGAAUUAAAGAGCGAAUCCCAACCAUUAUGCUACACAUAGAGCUUAAGAAUACUGUUUACGUUAAAACUAUUUGGAAAACUUAAAACUCUAGCAGCACCUGCUGCUAAUGAUGCUACGGUUAAGGGCCUAUCAGCACGUGUCUUAUAAGCCUCUAUUUUUCAGGGGUUAAGAAUCUGCUGUUUAAUUGCAUAGAUUUUCCUCAAAGAGCGCUUUUAUUUUACUACAAAAUUUUAGAAAACAAAUCUGACUGGUUUGAGAUAUAUUAUAAAAGGUGCAAAAGUUAAUGAUUUUGGGUGCUGCUUUUGUGCCCCUUAGGCAUUCAAAAUGUCUGGGUUUGAUUUUUAAUUUAGCUGGAAAUUAGGCCCUAAUGCAAACCAGCACCUCUGGGUAUCUUAUUUAUAUCUAUGUCUGUAUAGAUAUAGAUACACACACACACAUAUAUAUAUAUGUUAUUUUUCUGCAAAUGUUUGAUUUGAGAGGGCAAUGAAGGAGAGAGAACUUCUGCUUAUAUACAUUUUUAAAAUUCUUAGAAAUUGGCGGGGUUGCUUUGGGGUUUCUUUUCUUUUCUUUCAGUUGAGGCUUAACUCUAAAGUUUCCUGGGGCUGUGUCCUGAAUGGACUUUGGAAAAAAAGUGAAAAAGUGAAGCCAGAAGGUACUGUAAACAUCCCCCCUCCAAGGGUCUGUUUACAUUAAGGAAAUGACCCUCAGCUGACACUAGGAGAGGGAGUGGUCACUAAAUACUGACCUCAGUGAAUGCUAAAGAUAAUUUAAAUGCUGAUGUUGAUGGGACAGAACUUUGAAAUACCGUUACAGAAAGUAAGAGAGCUACCACACUCAACUAUAUAGGCACUCUGAUAUCCACAGUAACAUCCUACAGGUUUGUCCCAUCAAUACUGGCAGUUAAAAUCCUUCUGACAAAGGGGCUGUCACUGUUGACAGCCACUGUCCGCAAUCAGUCCAUUUUCUAGAACAGAUGGACCUCUGUUUUAAAGCCAUGAGCCUAUUGCAUCAGCAGGAUGUCCCUAAGUGCUCGUACCCCUGACAGAGCCUACAGGUGUUUGGCAAAGGAAAGCAGGAUGAACGUUUAAAAAAUUGCUAAAUGCAUAUCUAGUUCUUUGCCGCUAUAAUCUAGCUCACCAGGAAAACAGCCUGCAUUUUACAAAACAAAAACCAUAGACCCACUAUAUCCUAUGCUGCUCUGAAGUUGGACACUUCUUUUUGUUUAGACUGAAAACCCUCACCUCUGCUCAACUGCAUUUAAAGUUCAGUGCUCUCCUUACCCAUUCUUCCUGUCCCACUAUGCAUUUUCACCAUGUCUUUCCUGAGGAUGAGGAAAGAAACUUUGUAAUGCAGUGGAGUAAUUCCUCUAGUGUGUGGUUUUGAGUAUACUGCACAGUGGAUUGAUUUAGAAAAUGCAUAUUUAGCGAAUAUUGUUAGAGUAUAGUUUUGUAUCUGGCUGUGAACCCUUUUAAAAAUGAGCACGGCUGACAAAAUUUGACUUCUACUGAUACAGGACCAGCAUGAUCAGGCUGUUCUUGCUAGUUAGAAAAAACAGCCCUGCAUAGCUUUUCAGAUGAAAUUUGGCCUUACCUUAUGGAGUAAGUUCCUUCUGAGCCACGAGCACAAGUCUCUCUUCUGCUCCCUUCCACAGUCCCCUAAUGUUAUUGGAAUAAUAAAGCAGUUGAUAUCAGAGGUACCAUUGGGAUGGCACUUCUGGAUUCUCUUCAGCUGUAGUAAACAUGGCCUUUCCAUGAAGGUGAAGAUGGGCAGAAGGGGGAAAAAAAUCACAUUUUCUCAUUUUGAUUCCAGUUUCAAUUUUCUCCUCCAACCUCUAUAUAGAAGCCAAAAGGAGCUAUUUUAGGUUUCCACUAGUGGACUGCAGACUGGAUGGAAAUCCCUGGUUCAGAAAUAGGGCUGGGGAACAGGAAAUAAGGAACCUUGGUUCUGUCUUUGACUUGCUGGAAGCUUGGGCAAGUCACUUAACUUCUCUGUGCCUCAGUUGCCCCCAUCUAUCAAAUGGGGCUAAUACAUACACUGCUUUUGUAAAGCAUUUUCAGCUCAUCAGAAAACCUAGAGCUAUGCAUGCAAAUAUUACUGGUAGCAUUAAGACAUUCUGGGAAGAGGAGAGCGUUAAAAUGUGCAGUAGGUAGCUACAGUUCUGAGGUAGGAAUGCACGAAAACCAACUAAUCCUGUGAAAGUUUUUCCUGGAGAUGAAGGCAGCUACACGCUGUUAAUGUUGUAAACUCUAUAGCGCUCUCUCAUUACCACAAAGUGCCACUGCUCAGCUCUGUAUGAGGUAAAUGAAGAGAGUGGAGUGGGAAAAUAGCAGCUCGUUAUUAUGUAUAAUGUUAUUUGUAUGUGCAUGUGUGCAUUUUGUGAUAUAUACUCAGAAUGGGGAAGAGAAGAGUGGUCCUGGUAUGGAGGAAAAAAUAUAUAUUCUCACCAUUCAACCAGUCUUAAUUGAUAUAAGGAUAAAGAAAUGGUGAUAUGCUUGUUUGAAGUGCUGCACUGUGAUGGUAUGGCAUUGCUUUGAGCACUUUGGGCAUAUAUAUCUUAUGCACAUACAUAUCUAAAAUUAGUAUGUACAGGAUACGGAAUAAACUUAGAUUUGGGGUAGGUGAAAAAUCAGUUACACAUUUUCCUGCAUUUUUAUCUUCCAUCUUGCCUGGCUUUUAAAAUAACAACUGGGAGUUAAAAUAUGUUUAAUGGAAACGUUUACAACUCCACCAAAGUAUAAUAUUGUAAGACAAUAUCAAAGAGAGUUUAUCUUCUGCCAGGCAGUUUUAUUGAUCUUUUUGGCUGAAGCCUAGACCAUUUCUUUGGGUUCUUUUUAGUUAUCUACUGUUGGUUUUCUUCUCCAUCACUAUGUGUGUCGACAUGCUCUGCCUGCAUACAGCAAAGGGUUACUCUGGUGACCAUUUUUCCAUGUAUGCUUAUUUGCCAAACAAGAAUGCUUCUGCCUAUAUCACCUCCCUUUAGGGUGUUUUAUCUCUAUCUCUAUGAAUCUCUGAGUUUAGCCAGCCAAAACAAAUUCAUAAAUCCAUUAUUCUUGAGCUGCUGUUUUUUAAGCCACCUGGUGAACUAUAAAUUACCAAGCCUUGAUUUUCAGUUGUAGAAAGCUCCUCUACCAACCAUAACCUGCUGUGUCUGUUAUCUGCCAAAACUGGUGAUGAAUCAAGCCAGCCUGGGUGCUGCAGAGGCAGUGACCAGGGCUAAAAGUUGAUCUGUUUCAAAACUGCAUUUCUAUCUUGCUUAACACGUUUCCUGGUUUCUUUUAUGCACACCUUCCACCCUCUUCCUACCGUCUCCAAAUUUAAGCUCAUUUAAAGUAAAUAAAGAAAGAAAAUUCACCCCCCGCCCCUCAAAUGUUCCCAGUUGCAUACAUAUAAAAUGACUUUAGGAAAACAGAUGGAAAAGUGGUCAGUGAGAAGGGAGACAGUGGGAAAAAGAAAAAAAACAAACAGGGAUUGGUAGGGUUUAGCCUGCAAAAAGUACUUUAAAGGCUUUUUUCAUCGUAAUAUACAGCAGCUUCUUAUAAUUUUCUCAGCGGUAGGUAGUUUAUAGUCAUCUGUACCUAGAACAAAUCUUGUCAAAAAAUGAAGGUCUGUAGUGAUUGCUGGGUAUAAUUUUAUACAUUUAGCUGAUUCUUCUGAAAGCUUCAACUGUGCUGCUGUUGUCAGACUAAAUUAUCAAUUUAGCCAUUUGUUGUUUAAUGAAUAAAAACUCCUAUGGCAUUGGAGAUGUUGUGGUUUCAAUAAAGCAAAAGCUUUAACAACUCAAA